AUGCUCAGCAGCUCCGGCCUGGACAAAGCGCUUAAGAUGUCCCUGCCCCGAAGGUCGCGGAUCCGCUCGUCCGUUGGACCUGUACGUCCUUCUUCGGGCUAUAAGAAGGCAGAUGAUGAGAUGUCCCGGGCCACGUCUGUUGGAGACCAGCUGGAGAUACCAGCCCGCACCAUUUACCUCAACCAACCGCAUCUCAACAAAUUCCGUGACAACCAGAUCAGUACGGCCAAGUACAGCGUGCUGACAUUUCUACCUCGAUUCUUGUACGAGCAGAUUAGAAGAGCUGCUAAUGCCUUCUUCCUCUUCAUUGCCUUAUUACAGCAAAUUCCCGAUGUAUCUCCAACAGGAAGAUAUACCACCCUGGUGCCAUUGAUCAUUAUUUUAACAAUCGCAGGCAUCAAAGAGAUUGUGGAAGAUUUUAAGCGACAUAAGGCAGACAAUGCAGUUAACAAAAAGAAAACGAUAGUGUUGAGAAAUGGUAUGUGGCAUACCAUUAUGUGGAAAGAGGUGACGGUGGGAGACAUUGUGAAGGUCGUCAAUGGGCAGUAUCUUCCAGCAGACAUGGUCCUGCUAUCCUCAAGUGAACCUCAGGCAAUGUGUUAUGUCGAAACAGCUAAUCUAGAUGGGGAGACGAACCUUAAAAUACGUCAGAGUUUGAGUCACACCGCCGACAUGCAAACGAGGGAAGUACUGAUGAAGUUGUCUGGGACCGUAGAAUGUGAAGGGCCCAACCGCCACCUCUAUGACUUCACGGGAAACCUGCACUUAGAUGGGGAAAGCCCUGUUUCCCUUGGGCCUGACCAGAUCUUAUUAAGAGGUACACAGCUUAGGAACACUCAGUGGGUCUUUGGCAUAGUUGUUUAUACUGGACACGACACCAAACUCAUGCAGAAUUCCACCAAAGCACCUCUCAAGAGAUCAAAUGUUGAGAAAGUGACCAAUGUGCAGAUCCUGGUGUUGUUUGGCAUCCUCUUGGUCAUGGCCUUGGUGAGCUCGGUGGGGGCCCUUUACUGGAAUGGGUCUCAAGGUGGAAAGAACUGGUACAUCAAGAAGAUGGACACAAGCUCGGAUAAUUUUGGAUAUAACUUGUUGACAUUCAUCAUCUUGUACAACAAUCUUAUUCCCAUCAGUCUGUUGGUGACUCUUGAGGUUGUGAAAUACACUCAAGCCCUUUUUAUAAACUGGGACACAGAUAUGUAUUAUCUUGGAAAUGACACUCCUGCAAUGGCCAGGACAUCAAACCUUAAUGAAGAGCUUGGGCAGGUAAAAUACCUAUUUUCUGACAAGACUGGAACUCUUACGUGCAAUAUCAUGAACUUCAAGAAGUGCAGCAUCGCUGGAGUGACCUACGGUCAUUUUCCAGAGUUGACAAGAGAGCCAUCCUCAGAUGAUUUCAGCCGGAUAACUCCUCCCCCUAGCGAUUCAUGUGACUUUGAUGAUCCCAGGCUCUUGAAGAAUAUUGAGGAUCAGCAUCCCACAGCUCCUUGCAUACAGGAGUUCCUCACCCUCCUGGCCGUGUGCCACACCGUCGUUCCCGAGAAGGAUGGAGAUAACAUCAUCUACCAGGCCUCCUCCCCAGAUGAAGCUGCUUUGGUGAAAGGAGCUAGAAAGCUGGGCUUUGUCUUCACAGCCAGAACGCCGUACUCGGUCAUCAUAGAAGCAAUGGGACAGGAACAGACGUUUGGAAUCCUUAAUGUCCUGGAAUUUUCUAGUGACAGAAAAAGAAUGUCUGUGAUUGUUCGAACUCCUUCCGGACAACUUCGACUCUACUGUAAAGGGGCCGAUAAUGUAAUUUUUGAGAGACUUUCAAAAGAUUCAAAAUACAUGGAGGAAACAUUAUGCCAUCUGGAAUAUUUUGCCACGGAAGGCUUGCGGACUCUCUGUGUGGCUUAUGCUGACCUCUCUGAGAAUGAUUAUGAAGAGUGGCUCAAAGUCUAUCAAGAGGCCAGCACCAUAUUGAAAGACAGAGCUCAACGACUGGAAGAGUGUUAUGAGAUCAUCGAGAAGAAUUUGCUGUUACUGGGAGCCACAGCCAUAGAAGAUCGCCUUCAGGCAGGUGUUCCAGAAACCAUAGCAACUCUGUUGAAGGCAGAAAUUAAAAUCUGGGUGUUGACAGGAGACAAACAAGAAACUGCAAUCAAUAUAGGAUACUCCUGCCGGUUGGUGUCACAGAAUAUGGCCCUUAUUCUGCUGAAGGAGGAUUCUUUGGAUGCAACAAGGGCAGCCAUUACUCAGCACUGCACUGACCUUGGAAAUUUGUUGGGCAAGGAAAAUGACGUGGCCCUCAUCAUCGAUGGCCACACUCUCAAGUACGCGCUCUCCUUCGAAGUCAGGAGAAGCUUCCUAGAUUUGGCGCUCUCCUGUAAGGCGGUCAUCUGCUGCAGAGUGUCUCCUCUGCAGAAGUCUGAGAUAGUGGAUGUGGUUAAGAAGCGGGUAAAGGCCAUCACCCUUGCCAUCGGGGAUGGUGCCAAUGAUGUUGGGAUGAUCCAGACAGCCCAUGUGGGUGUGGGAAUCAGUGGGAACGAAGGCAUGCAGGCGACCAACAACUCGGAUUACGCCAUUGCACAGUUUUCCUACUUGGAGAAGCUCCUGUUGGUUCACGGCGCCUGGAGCUACAAUCGGGUGACCAAGUGCAUAUUGUACUGCUUCUACAAGAACGUGGUCCUCUACAUUAUUGAGCUUUGGUUCGCCUUUGUUAAUGGAUUUUCUGGGCAGAUUUUAUUUGAACGUUGGUGCAUCGGCUUGUACAAUGUGAUUUUCACCGCGUUGCCACCCUUCACUCUGGGGAUCUUCGAGAGGUCUUGCACUCAGGAGAGCAUGCUCAGGUUUCCACAGCUCUACAGAAUCACCCAGAAUGCCGAAGGCUUCAACACAAAGGUUUUCUGGGGUCACUGCAUCAACGCCUUGGUCCACUCCCUCAUCCUCUUCUGGUUUCCCAUGAAGGCGCUGGAGCACGAUACUGUGUUGGCCAAUGGUCAUGCCACAGACUACUUAUUUGUUGGAAAUAUUGUUUACACGUAUGUCGUUGUGACUGUUUGUCUGAAAGCUGGUUUGGAAACUACAGCUUGGACUAGAUUCAGUCAUCUGGCUGUCUGGGGAAGCAUGCUGAUCUGGUUGGUGUUUUUUGGCAUCUACUCAACCAUCUGGCCUACCAUUCCCAUUGCUCCAGAUAUGAAAGGACAGGCAACUAUGGUCCUGAGCUCUGCACACUUCUGGUUGGGAUUAUUUCUGGUUCCUACUGCAUGUCUGAUCGAAGAUGUGGCAUGGAAAGCGGCCAAGCAUACCUGCAAGAAAACGUUGCUGGAGGAGGUGCAGGAGCUGGAAACUAAGUCCAGAGUGAUGGGAAAGGCGAUGCUUCGGGACAGUAAUGGAAAGAGGGUGAACGAGCGCGACCGCCUGAUAAAGAGGCUCGGCAAGAGGACGCCCCCCACUCUCCUCCGGGGAGCCUCGCUCCAGCAGAGCGUCCCGCAUGGGUAUGCCUUCUCUCAAGAAGAGCAUGGAGCUGUUACUCAGGAAGAAAUAGUCCGUGCUUAUGACACUACCAAAAUGAAAUCGAGGAAGAAAUAAGACGUGAAUUUUCUUGAUUGAUCCUAGGAAAGAGAUGUGGUUUGUUGCACCCAGUGUUAACACAUCUUUUUUGGGAACGGACUGGUGUCAGCAGCCAAAACACCAGAAAACACAUUUCUGUGGCCUUAGCCAACAGUUUGUUAGUUAUAUAUUCCCUCGCAACCUGGAGUAUACACCGCAGGGGAAGCCAUUUUUUUCCUUCCAGUUUGUCUGCAGUGCUUGGCCUAACUUUUGUUUACGUUGUUAUGAAGCAUUCAACUGUGCUCUGUGAGGUGUGAAAUUAAAAACAUUAUGUUUCUCCAAUAUUUAAACAUCAGUACUAGUUGUUCUGGGAGAAAGGUAAAAGAGUUUUAUGUUGCGUGAGAAAUCCAUCUCAAGGAAUUGGCGAGGGGGCACACAGCUUCCUGUUUUGUUAACGCACACAGUUAAGUCCACCAGGCAGCAUGUAAACUUCACUCUAGGCAGGUUGCUGCCUGGCUUUGAUUCCUAUUUUGUUUGUAUGAAGUUGGCAUAAACUUCUUAAUUGUGAUGAAAUCACAAAAAUAUAUAUCUGGGAGUAAACCUAAGAACGUUUUAUUUGAACCUCUUAGCCGCAUUCCCAGCAGGGCAAACCAAUUGGUGUUCCAACAGAGUUUUCCCCACCCUUCCUGGGUUUCCUUCUGGCCUGUCCUCCCGUUGCUGCCCAGGCAUCUCUCGUGCUCAGAUCUCGUGCAUGGCUGGCCACUGGGCUCAGUGCAUGGCAGCUGCGGGGCAACGACCCAGAUCUGCAUUCUUCCUUGUUCUACGGCAGUUUUAGAUAUGGAUGCAAAAAUCCCUUCUUCCACUGCCCUUUUCCUGCUAUAACUAAAGAAAAGAAACAUAGCUGUUCUGCAUAUAUUCUAGAUGUUUAUCUGCCUCUUUCUGACAACAUGGAAGCCUGAGGGUGAGGGUGGUGCUAGAACCGCUUGGCACUCCCUGCCCUCGUCAGGCUCUUGAUGCUCAUUUCCCAGCCUCCAGACCACUGGACCUUUGGCAUUUGUACAAAUUAGAACUCACGCUUGUUUUCUUGAGAGUUACGUUUUGGAUUUUCACUAUUGGGAAACAAAUUAAUUUCUCGCAUGUCUCCCCAGCGCAGGAAAACAGCUGUCACUCUGUAGCUCUAGAAUCAGAGGAUGAGUGACCCAGAUGGGAGCACAAGGGACAGUGCGGGCGGUGAUUGAAGAAGGACAUCAAAGUGGAAAGUGAGAAUGACACAGAGACCCUGGGAGGAGGACGUAGAGGACAUUUCCAGCCAAAUCUCCUCAGUAGAAAUUCUGAAAUCAAACCCUGAAGCCCAGACAGUUUAAAUUGAAAAGAAUUCCAAACAUUUCAGGGAACCGCCCUUUUUAUAUUGACAAGAUUUCCUUCCUCGUCCAGGUAGAGUUAGAUCCAGGCACCUCUCUGAAUGUGAAGUGUCCUGAAUCAGAGACAAAGAAGGGAAGUGCUGAGUCCUGACUUUCCAAACUGAAGAGUCCCCAGUCUCAGUCUGGACAGAACCUGGAGCCUUGAAUAAGCUACCAGCCUGGAGGCACGUUCUCUCUUCUCUGCUUCGGUUGCCAAACCCAAUUUUUGGGUGACUUAACGUAAAUAUAUUUGGGCAGCUGUUGCUGGUUAAAAUGGCAUAAUUCCUUUGGGGAUGGCUGUGCUAAAUUAGGAAAUAAAACAGUAGUGCCCGUGGCUUCCUAACUCUAUUUUCAGAACAUCCACACCUUACUGGGUGUUGAAAUAAUUUAGAGUAUGAUUUGCAUAGACUAAGGAAAUUAAUCCCUCACUUAUGAGGUAACCGGGAUCCAGAGAGUGCUGGAGGGGUAGCAGAACAAUGCAGUUAACAGGUGAGGCUCUGAAAACCCACCACUCCCUCCUCCCCAAGGUGAUAAAAUGUUUUUAAAUACUAGAGCACCCAGCAAGGGGAAUCACGGAAGGACUGCCGUGCAGGAACCAACAACAAAAAUGUGCCUGGAAUUAACACAGCAAACCAAGGUGUGUGUCUUUAUUGCACGCCACGAAAGAGAAGGGCCUAAAUACAGAGGAGAGAGGAAAAUUAAACACAGAGUUGAACUGUUAGGCCUUCUGACUAUUUGGUUUCAUUUGGGAACUAAGCCUGUUUGGAAAGAGGGAAUUCAAACUCGAUUCUUUCUCAAACAGCUCUUUCCUGAAGCCUUCCGAGUCAGAUUUAUGAAUUACAGUGUGUGUUUCUGUUUUGGGCUUUUUCUUUUAUAUUUUACGUUAGAAUACAGUUCAGAUUUGAGAUUUAAGUAUAUUUUCCAAUUCUUUUGAGAAGUAGACUAAACAGUCUUUGCAAUAAUGAAAUAUGCCCACAGAAGAAAACAUUCGAAGGAUGCCUUUCUAUUUAUUCUCUCAUGCGAUUAAGCUAUCUUGUAGCCAGUGACUAAAUGGGGUUUCUAGGAGGAGCAGCUGUCACUCCGUGUGAUGUAUAAUAUUUAGCCGGCGCUGAUUCAGGGGCUGUGUCAGUUGUCCUAUCUUUAAAUUGAGGUCAGAGUGUCACACACAACCCCUCCCCAGGGACCAGCGUGGACUGGACUAAGUUGCAUGCUCUAGCUGUCAGCUCAGUGGAAAUGCCACAUGGGACUUGUCAUUCUGCCACACAGUAAGUGACUCACAGGCUGGCAGGUCAUACUCGGUUAGUGCUCUAGGGCCUAACUUUGGGCUAAAGUGGCAGAAUCCACCCAGGCCGGCCUUGGUCCAGUGUCGCCUGACUUUGGUUUGAGUUUAUGUCCCGUCCUGGCUGACUCUGCAAAAGGAAAAGACCAGCCGUUCUGUGAACUCCGUUCUGAGUUCGGCCACACGCCCACACGAGUCAGUAAGGAUGGCGAUGGAAAGUGCACAUUGAAAAGGGAAGGUGGGGGAAGAGAACAAACCAGCUAUUUCUGCUUGGCUGUCCGGAUUAGCAUUGCAUUGUUGAUCAGAAUGGGCUUUGUAAUAAUUUGGGGUGUAGCUCAUGCGUCAAUCCUGUCUCUUUGCAGAAUAUUCCGGGCUUCUUGGCCAGUGUUACACCUCCCAUCUCCCAACACACGCCCACACAUGUGAUAACCUUUUCUGACUCGGUAUAGCAUACAAAACCUGUGCUUUAGACAAAGGAGAUGCGGUUUCUUUAACACUCAUGGAGUAAUAUCCUAAUACGUGAGCCUGGGUUUCAGCAGAGCGUGGCUGAGAACUCUGUUGAUGUUUUCUUUUCCUUGAUAAGGCUUCAGGUCUUGCUGUAGGGAGCUGACAGUGAAAAUCAGUAAUAGCUUGUCAAGAAGCAGUGAGUAAUGAAAACAAAGUGAGUAUAGGUAACUAAUGUCUGAAAAUGCAGAUGGACCUAUAUAUAUUACAGGCUUUAAGGUUGAAUUUUUUAAAAAGAAAGCCAUAGUCUAUAAUCUCCAUUUGUUCUAACAAUGACCCUUUAUCUUAUUUUUUUGAACCAUAAAGAAGAGACAUCUAUCAUAUUCCUGCUCCUAGGGAUUUAUGUCUUAAACCACAAGUUGAAUAGAAUGUUUGCAAAAGUCUGCUAUAGGAUAAGGUAGUCUUUAGUUCUGAACAUGCACACGCUUCAGCCAGGGUUUGAAUUACUGCCCAGGGUCUUUGUCCCAAAGUAAUUCAAGGCGUGAUUUAGCUUCAGCAUUUGAAAUGUAGCCUUCAUCUCCUGGGAUCCAUAAAAAAUGUGAACAGGGAAACUGUGGUUAAGCAAAGCCUGAAAUAAUAACUUGGCAAAGAAAGGAGUUUAUCAGGUCAAGUUAAAGGAUGGCAUCCCCCAUCAUAGUCAUUGCUUUCUUCACUCAAGGGCUUAAACUAGCAAAUAUAAUAGUGAUGGAGAUAGUGAAAAUAAAGCUGCCCCCCCCACCAAAGAAGGCAUACAUCAGUUGGCUUUGCUGCUGGUUCCUCAUUGGCUCGGGGCAGUUGUUUGUCUCAGUCUAUCCUUGGGGGAGAUUACCGAGCCUCACACUAGCCAUUUUUCCAUCUUGAAGGGCAAGGAGGACAAUUAGAAGGGUUUCCGAUGGGUCAGAGAGGUGAGGGCCCACGAUCCCCCAUAAUAACAUAUUAAGAAGUAUUCCUGCAAGGAGUGGAUCUGGAAUACUCUACUUAAUGUGUUGUACUCUUCAUUUGUUUUUCUCUCAGCCUCCCAUAUUGUCCAACAGUACGCAUUUUCAUUCCCUUUUACCUAACAAGAACUUCAUUUAAUGCCAAACCUCCAACUAGUCUUCUGUUUAAAGCUCGCUCUCAGUUGGGUGUGAGGGGUUCGUGAAUGGGGCGUGUGAGCUCGAGUGGGAAGAAAAGGCUUCUGAGCCAACAGAAGUCUAGGUGGCCAGGAGUUGCAAAACAAAUGGGAACAGAAAACACUGGGCACACUCACCUAUCACCCCACCCCGAGCCUAAUCCAUAGCUGUUAACUCUGACAGGCACCUCUGCUCCCUGCUGAGGGGACACAGAAGACUGAUUUUCUCUGCCCCAGGCUGGCCCGUUUUCAGGUAACAAUCUCUUGCCCUCGUUGCCUUAGAGAUAUCUCCUCUGCUCUUUCUCCCAGGCAUCAGACCAAGAAAAACAUGCUCAGCAGAUUAGCCCUGACCUGGCUAAAGAAAGAAAGGAGACCUGUUCGCUUUAAAAGUCAGGAACAAAGUGUCAGGUGGCUUUGAUUUAUGGCAGAAAUAGGAAGAAGAAAGUUGAAGUAAUAGCACUAUCCAAAUAAACCCGCCCAGGAACCCCAGGGGUCAAGAGAGCUUAUCAAGAGCCGCUUAGAGGCCAGCUCCUCAGUACGGAAGAGAAAGGGCCAGAAAGAGGGAGAAAGCCAAAGAUUAGGAUGCGAACCACUUCCAAUGGGCUUGGGUUUAGCUGUAUUCUAAAGACAGCUUGGAAUGCAGCUGCAGGUGGAUCAAUACACACCAGCAAAAAAACUGGGAAAAAAAAAAAGAGUUUCUCCCCUUCCAACAAGAUCCCCACACAAGGAAAUACUUUUCUGGUUUUUCAUGAAUAAAAUCAGUGCCAGUGCUGACGCUUCCUCCACCCUCCCUCCCCCGUUGCUGGUGGCCGCUGGAUUCAGGAGUGUGCCAUGCUGCUGCCCUCGCAGCCUCCCCCUGAAGGGCAGUGCAGGCAGCUGCAGCAGGCAAGCAGGGGUGCGGCCCGCAGGGCCAGCGGGAGCAGCAGGUCUGCAGCCUCUGUGGGUCAUCCUUCCUGCAGGUCACUGGAUUGCUGUUUGAAGGCAACAUCUUUGUGGUGUCUUUCUCAUGCAAGCAAAGCCCAGCGCUCUCCUGUCUGCUGUCACAUCUAUGCUCAGAUUGCUUAAACAUUGUUUGCGACAGGGAGGUUUUAAUCUGGUUAUGCAGAGACGCGGGCUAUGGGGGCACGUUUAAUUGGCUCCCAGCAGAGCAGCGAGUGCUACGGAGUGUGGGGUUUUGUUCCCUCCCCCUAGAAGUGUUACCAUUUUCAUGUCCUAUUAAUGUCCUCUGGUUGUUAACUUACAGCAGCACAUUAUAGUGGAGCUGGGUUCCCUCCUGGAGUGAAUACAAAUGAAGGACAUUUACUUGUAUUUUUAGAGGUUUUGAAAAAUGUAGUGAUUUGUGGCUUUGAUCAAUCCUGUUGACUGGUGUAUGUCUGCACAAA